AUGAUGUGCGUCAGUGGGUCGAGCUCAUUUCGGGCCUGCAGGCCUGGUCCUCUUGAAUCCCCACAAACGGAGCUGCAGUUGGCCACUGCCCCCUCCUUCCCAACCCCCACCCCCACCCCCAAAGCACAACAUGGAAAGGGGAGUCAGGUCGUCCAAUGGGUCUGGCUGUCGGUGCGAGAGACGGCCUCGCCCGACCCCGUUCCGGCCGAGCCAGGGCGAGAGCCGGGCCGACCGGCUUCUCGCGGCCUGGCGCCCACUUGUGCCCAUGCCUUUUUCCUUUUUAUCCCUCGUCCUCUCUGCUCCCUCUGCAGCCCAGGCGUGGCCUAUCCUCGUGUCUCACCUUGUCGCCUUGACCGUGCAGGUGUGCAGGCGUCAGAGCCGCUUCGAGGGAGUGUAGCCCGCUAG